AUGAGCCAGACGGUCCAGAAGGCCGAGGAGGCCAAGAAGAGCAGCGUCACUGCGGCAAAACCGUACCCCUUCUACUUGGGCGGUCUUGCUGCGUCGUUCGCGGGCUCCAUCACGCACCCCCUUGACCUGACCAAGGUCCGCCUGCAGACGUCCGAGGACAAGAAGAUGAUCCAGAGCUUCAGGCGAACGAUCAGCAAUUACGGCAUCCGUGGACUGUACGACGGUCUGACCGGCACGCUCCUGCGACAAAUGACGUACUCGCUCAUGCGCUUCGCCGCGUACGACCACUUCAAGAGCCAGCUGCACCAGGGUCCUGGCCCACCCCCCGUCUGGAAGCUGGCGGUCGCGGGCUCGUGUGCGGGUGGUCUCGCGGGCAUGUUCGGUAACCCCGCCGAGCUGAUCAUGGUGCGCAUGCAGGCGGAUCGUGGAAAGCCGCCAGCCGACAGGUACAACUACCGCAACGCGAUCCAGGGCUUGUAUGCUAUGGCAAAGCAGGAGGGCGUCACGUCGUGGUACCGCGGGCUCGUACCCAACGGCGUCCGCUCUGUGCUCAUGAACGCGUCGCAGCUCGGAUCAUACGACUGGUUCAAGCACACGAUCCUUGACUUCAAGAUGUUCCAAGAUGGGCCAAUCGUGCAUUUCCUCGCUUCCCUUGGUGCUGGUACUGUGGCUACGACCGUGUGUUCGCCUGCGGACGUCAUCAAGUCGCGGGUAAUGAACGCGCAUGACAAUGCGAGUGUCCUCAAAGUCAUCAGGGACUCGGUUGCCAAGGAGGGGCCGGGCGUCUUCUUCAAGGGGUGGCUCCCAGCAUGGAUCCGUCUUCAGCCAAACACCAUCUUGAUCUUCCUCACGCUUGAGCAGCUCAAGAAGGGUGUUGACAGGUACCGCCGCGCCGGAGGGACGUUGCUAUGA